AUGGAUGAAAGCAAUGACAAGGAGAAUGAGUUUGGCGAUUCGUUUCUGGAAGACUCUGGAGAUAUCACACGUACCACUGAGGAUGAAGAUGAGGCCCCACUAGAACCUCGAUUCAAAUACGAACGGCUCGAAGGAGAAAGCACACUGCCCUUCAUGAAAACCGCUACAUUCACAUCAAUCGACCUGCACGACAAAUUCAUUGCUAUAGGAACUGCUAGCGGGCUCAUCUAUAUUCUUGAUCAUCAUGGAUACGGAAAUUUUGACAGUGUGCCGCCACUGAAACCACAUAGAUGCGCAGUUUCAAAGUUGAAAUUCGACGAAACGGGAUCUUACAUUCUCAGUUGUGCCAAUGAUUCAAAAUUGGUGGUCUCCGGAAUUGGAAAUGACAAAUUGUGCUGUACAGUGAACAUCCAAGUGAUGCCAAAAUCGAUUUGCUUCUCUCCAGACUUCAUUCGCCAACAAUCUGGUCACUGCUUUAUUAUGGGAGAGCGUAAUCUGGUCCUAUAUGAAAAACGUUUAUUUCAAUAUAAAGCUUCCAAUUUGUAUUCUGGUUCUGAGCGAGAUGGCUUUAUCCAUUGCUGCUCUUGGAACGAUAAUCUUAUUGCAUUCACCAAUGACACUGGAACACGGGUUUAUGAAAGAGGUACAGAAAAGAUAUUAACAAGUGUACAACCAACGCAUGACGUGGAUCGUGUUCGCUCUUCAAGAUGCCCACCAAAGCAUAUGUGGAUGUCGGAGAACACCCUGGUGAUCGGAUGGGCUGAUACAGUAACUGUACUGAAAAUCAAAGGAAACGAAGGAAUGCGAAAAGGAGAGAUUCAUCACAUUUUCCACGUCUCCAUGUUCAUUUCUGGCAUUUCUUACCUGCCCAAAAACGGUUCGGAUUACGAAUUGUUCCUGGUUGGUCUUCAAAUGGAAGGAGAGGAUUUUGACGAUUGCGCGUCUGUCAUGUCUACAAUGACCACGUUAACUGCUAUGGAGAGUUCUGCCACUGCGACAUUGAAGACUUGUGUAAUCCGGCCACUCGGGCUCAAGGACUACGAGCUACAAUCAGAAGAUGAGAUAGUGAAUAUCCGACUAUCAACGCACACCCUACCAUAUAUGAUUCAUGGACUUGGCAUUCCAUACCUUUCCACUUAUUUCAUUUUGACGACAAAACAAAUCAUCAUGGCUGUUCCGUACGGUCCGGAAGAUGGAAUCAAAUGGCGGCUACAGUAUAAACUGUACACCGAGGCAUUCGAAAUGGCAAAAGAACAUGCGGACAUGCUUGCAAAAACAGACGUGAGCCCCAAAAAAGUGGGGCGAAAGAUCAUCGAGGGGUACUUAGAAAGUAAAAAGGCUAGAGUAGCGGCUUCUUGGCUUUCUUCUAUCUGUGGAGACUGCAAAGAGGAGUGGGAGUGGGCUGUGGAUAGAUUUCACGACGCUAAAAUGUCUACAUUGUUGGGUGAUGUUUUACCUGAUUCCAAGCCUAGACUCGAUCCCAGUGCCUAUGAAAAAGUGCUACUGGCCUCACUUUUCAAUAAUGUCAAGUUGUUCCGGAGAUUAGUGCAGACAUGGAGUCCGGACUUGUACAUGACCAGCACAAUCAUCGAUCAAACACAGUGGCGAAUCCAACAAAUUAGCAAAUCAGAGGACAUAGAAGAUGUUGAAGAGGUCGAGAAGAUAUUGAUGGAUGCGCUAGCUCACUUGUAUCUUUAUGAGAGGAAAUAUGAAAGCGCUCUGAAAAUUUUGAUGAUUUGCCAGGAUUUUCAAAUUUUCAAUGUCAUCGAUAAGCAUCAACUUUUCGAUCUUGUGAAGGAUCAAAUAUCAGAUCUGAUGAAUAUUAACUCUGAACGUGCUCUUCGUCUUCUUUUGGACAAUGCGGAUUCUGUGGAGCCAUCUUUCGUGAUGGCGAAGAUCAAUGGACAACCAAAACUUCAGCUCGCCUAUCUUACAAAGCUAAUGAGUAGGAAUGAGGGAAUCGAAUUUGCCGACAAAGCAGUUCAGCUGUAUGCGGAUCAUGAGAAGAAAAAGUUGCUGCCAUUCCUGAAGAAAAAUGUCAACUAUAAUGUGACGAAGGCAAGAAAAUUGUGCUCCGAUAGAGGAUUUGUGGAAGAGACCAUAUUCCUCCUAGCCAAAAGUGGCAAUCACUAUGAAGCCGUUAAGAUGAUGGUUCGAGAGUAUAAGAAUAUCGAAAAGGUGAUAGCCUACUGUAAAGAUCAAAACGACCGUGACCUUUGGAUUCAUCUUCUCGAGGUGGUGGCAGACUUCCCGACCCACUUCUCACAGCUGAUCAUUGAAGCAUCCAACUGUCUGGAUCCAAUUCUGAUUAUGGACAAACUCCCAGACGACGUAGACAUCCCAAAUUUGAGUGAAGCGUUGGAGAAGCUUCUGACAGAUUUUACGAAUUAUGUCGAACUUCAGCAGUGCUGCUACGAUUCAACACUAAAUGACCUGCACGUGCUCACCAACAACUUGAUGCUUGCAUCGGAUAAAUCAGUCUCUGUCAGUCUAAUGACUAGAUGUAGUUUGUGUUCCCAAGUAAUCAUGAAUACGGGUCAGGAUAUGAUUCCGCGAAAGUUCAACGAUAUCAAAGUGUUCAAGUGCGGUCACAUCUUCCAUCUCACUUGCUCGGCUUCCGAGAUUGAUCGCCGACAAAUGAUUGAGGACGGGAUUUGCAUUGCGUGCUCGGACAACUCGGACCAUGUCAACGUAUAA